CAUGCGCAGUGUCUCGUAAGCCCUAGCGACACACUCCCGAGUCGGAGCGAGCCGAAACCGUGACCGUUGGUACCGUGUGGCGAUGUGGAGUGUGUUCGAGCAGUCAUUUAGAGCUUGACACUAGUAAGAUAGUCAGAAUGGAAAUCGGGACGGAGAUCAGCAAAAAAAUACGGGCUGCUAUCAAAGGGAAACUGCAGGAACUGGGAGCCUACGUGGAUGAGGAGCUCCCGGACUACAUCAUGGUCAUGGUCGCUAAUAAGAAGAGUGCACACCAGAUGGCAGACGACCUGUCCCUCUUUCUGGGCAACAACACCAUCAAGUUCACAGUGUGGUUACAUGGAGUCUUGGAGAAGCUGAGGUCAGCUGCAGUCGAGCCUACAUCUCUUCGUCCUAAGACGCUGCACUCCGAUACAAGCACAUCAACCCGUGAUGACCGAAGAGGGGAGGAGUCGCGAGCUCUUGCUGUGUCCAGCUCGCGAGCUGAUAGGCUAGAGGGCCGUGUGUCUAGCUCUGCCCAUGAACACCACAGCAGGAGGGGUUCCUCUGAUAGAGCUUCCUCCAGACUGACCUCUGCAGUGAAGCCCCUUCUCGAGCCUGCCUCCGCUGAGGUGGUCAUCGACAUCAAACCUGACCUGGACGAUGAUCUCAUUACUGAAGACCCCAUGGAACCGAGCAUGACCCCUGGACAGCUACGCUCCUUAUCAAGCCGCUCUGUGAACGAGAGGUCACGGCAGGCUGUCGGGUCAUCUGCUCGGGGCUCUGGAAGAGCUCCAGACAACUACAGGUCAUCGGACGUUCUAAGGGGUCAGGAAAGAUCGAGCUCCUCCUAUGGACAUGGCUACAGGGAGGGGAACAGAAAGGAGGAGUUGUCACGGAAACGAAAGGCUCCUGUGGCAAGCUCAGUGGUUAGGGUUCACAGGAGUCAUGACAGAGGUCAGGAGAGUGAUGACCUGGAGGACGAUGAAGAUGAAGAAGACUAUGGCAUUCCCAGCCGAGUGUCUCUCCCAUCCAAACCAGAGCGCAAACCCACUCUGCCUCCAGCCAAGCAGGCCAAUAAGAACCUCAUCCUGAAGGCCAUCUCAGAGGCCCAGGCAUCUAUCAGCAAGACCACUGCUGCCUACGCAACAGUUCCCCAGCGACAGACCGUUCCCGUAGCACCACGGACUCGCUCAGCGAGCGAUGAGAUGAACAGAGCUGCGAUCCGAUUGGUCCAGGAGCACCUGCACGCUCUUCUUCCUGAAGAGACAUCACACAGCCGUCACGAUGGUCAACCUCCGCCUCUUGUAGCACAGCCGCGUUCUCUGGCCUCUCGGCUACAGCUGGAGCACCCGGAAGAGGAGAGCAGAGAGCAGAGGACUAAUCUGGAGGUGCAGAUGUUUGAGGCGCCAGGAAUGAAGUCCCUGGACACACGCUCCUUCAUCAUGAGGAAGCCGGAGCUUGAGCAGACUUCACCAAUCAGGAACAGAACAGAGCUUGUCACUCAGGAGGAAGCCCUACCCUCUGUUCCACGCAUGGUGCAGGCCAGAGAGAAAACAGAGGUGACUGGCAGCGCCAGUCCUAAGUUCAUUGUGACCCUGGAUGGUGUUCCGAGUCCUUUGGCCAGUCUAACUGACCAGGAAAUGACUGACCCCGAUGACACUUCCCCUAACAACACAACCUCUGACCUUUCCACUGAGCACAAACCCAAACCAGUGCACCUCAGUUUGAACUCUGCCCUCUCGCACGACGAUGGGGGGAUGGAGGAACAGGACGAGAUGGAUAUGGAGGUAGAGGCGGUUCAGGCAAAGCGGCAGAAAAUUCUAGAACGCUGCAAAUUUUGGCCAGCAUGCAAGAGUGGAGACGAGUGUCCAUACCAUCACCCCAAAGCCCAGUGCAAGACGUUCCCCAGCUGUGUGUUUGGAGACAAGUGCCUGUUCAUCCAUCCAAACUGCAAAUAUGACGCCAAGUGCUCGAAGCCAGACUGCCCCUACACACACGUCAGCCGCCGCACGCUCCGCCAGCCAGCGAGACCAGUACCGGCGGUGCCCAGCAGUGUGUGCCGUUUCUUCCCCGACUGUAAGAAGGUGGACUGCACAUUCUACCAUCCUAAGCCGUGUCGGUUUGCUGCACACUGUAAACGUGCAGGAUGCACCUUCUACCAUCCAGCAUCAUCUGUCCCCCCUAGACAUGCCCUGAAGUGGACAAAAACACAGAAGAGUUGAACAUCAGGGUUGGGGGACCCCAUCCAUCAGUUUUCUCUUUUAACGUGAGAUGGAACACAGUCGCAGUCAAGCCUCAGGAUCUUGUUUGGGUUUUUUCCCCUCCUGGUUUCAAGUUGUUUUGUUUUUUUUGAAUCAGUGGUUUUUUUUUAAGAAACGGGCCUGCCCUUUUGUAACAUAUUGACUUCUUUACAGAAUGACCUUUGUGCAUUAAAAAAAAGAUUCCAUGUA